AUGAAAAAAAUUGAAGAAUUUUAUUCAAUAAGGGAAACCCUAUGCCAUGACCUUCCACCUGAUCAGCAGGUUGAUGGGGUCUAUAGAAACCUGGAGAACUUUCUACUUCUGCUGGCCAAGUUCUAUUUUGAGACUGAUCAGUACAGUAAACCUGGGGAUAAACUGGUGUGGUUCAGUGAGAGGGAGGGAGCAUUAAAAAUUGCCAUAGGGGUGAUGGGGCUCCUUUUGGGAAAUGGGAUCAAUCUAUGUCAUGGCUGAUAAGUUUUUUGAAUGUGGGGCCCAGGGUAGCUAGUCCCAAUGACAAUUUUUUGUUAUUUGGAGCUAGUUGUAAGGAGGAUCACAUGGUCGUUUCUCGUUUUACAGUGAAACUUGCUAUAGACAUGGAAAAAAUAGAGAGCAAAUCUUACACAGUAUUGGGUAAGAAUGUCACCUUUUCUUUUGAUCUCCUGCCAGGAGAUAUGAAAUUCCUUGCAUAUAUAAAUGGGGAAUUAAGUAAUGCAGCUAAAUAUUUUUCUAGCUUUGCUAAUGUCUCCAAAGAUGACUGUAAUGCACUGAAUGGGAAGUAUGGAGAAUCUCAUGAUUGUAAGUGGAAGCCUUGGCAGUAUGCAGAAAGAAUCAAAGUUGCAAAACAGGUUGAAGAUUUCAAGAAAAAAAUACCUAGUCAUUUAGCAGUAUCAACAAAGAGAUCCAAAGUAACUCCAUUUAUUGCUGUAAAAAAAUCCAGACAAGAAUUCAAACCAUUAAUUGGUAAGCUAUGUGACAAGGAAGUUGUUGAACCACUUCACCUUAAGAAUAAUGGUGUCCAACAUUUUCAUGCAAUGUUACUUGAUCUUGCUAUUUCUGUAAGUAACCUCCCCCCAAAAUUAAAUAGUCUUGAUGAUUUGCCCUCCAAUUCGGCAAUGUCCAGAUAUUUAAAGGCCAUGGAACAAGAUGUUAAAGCAGGGAGAAUGAAAAAACAACUAGGUAGGUGGCUCCUUGAGGAUAGAGCUAAAGAUAAAGACUUCACUUGCAGGUUAACUGGUAAAGAUUCCCGCCUAAUCUUGCAUGGCUUUAUGUAUCUAGUGAAAGCAAUUCAGGGUGACUCAAAUGAUCCCAAGUUGCUAAUGCGACUUCUGCCAAUUGUCGUCAUUGGUAUUCGACUCAGG